AUGGACAGCAACAGCAUGAGUGACUACAGCCAAAUCACAGAGUUCCAGACACCUCCUAGAUCCAGACCUGGACGGCCUACUGUGCUCAAACGCAAUAUGGACUCUCUCACUGUUUCCUGGCUGAGAGCUGAGGCUGAUGGAGACUCUCCUGUGCUUCACUACAUGGUGGAGUACAUGGAGGCUGGUCUGGAGGGCUGGCAGUUCAUUCUAACAGAGGGUCCUGAGUGUGAAUGCACCAUAACUCACCCCUACAGCACCUGCUACAGAGUCAGAGUCUCUGCUGUCUAUGAAGAGGGAGAUACCAGCAAACCCAGUGAGGAAACGGAGGUGCCACUGGAUGUCUGGAUCAUAGACGUCUCAGAGAGAACGGCCUCCCUCUUCCUAGAAGUGCUGAAACUCCAAACAGUGAAGAAACCAGUAGAGCUGACAGGCUGGCCAGAUGAAGAGAGUGAAGUGAGGAGUUUCCUUCAGUGUCUGCCCUACAUCUCCCAGCUGAGGCUGAGUGGUGGUAUUGUGCACAGAAUGGUCCAAGCUCAGAGAGCUCCAGCUUCCACUGAGUUGACCAUUGAGGAGCUUUCACUUGUCCAGAACUGCACACGGUGGCCGGAGGAGGAGCUGUCCAGGGUUCUCAGCAGCUUAUCUUCACUUCUGUUGCUGUGGAAUGACCAGUGUCUGAACCUGACUGAACAAAUGAUGGAGGUUCAGUCCCUCACUGCCCUGCUGUGUCACCACAACCUUCUCACUGUCAGAUUGUCUAAAGAGAGUCUUCAGAAGCUCUUUGUUAUGGUGAAUGAAGCUCAGGAUGAGGAGCUCACUUGUGGUUUCCUACAGGAAGUGGGUGGAGAUCUGACUUCCUGCUCUCUGAACUGGGAAAUGAUCCACCAUUUCCUGCAGUAUCACACGGUCACUGGACUUUAGGAAGAGCAACAUUAAACAGCAGCACAUCAACUCAACACUAGAUUGGACAGAAGCUCAGAAAGUAAAAGAAAACAUAAAUGUGUAAAGCAACAGAAUCAGAAUUGUUCACAGUGGUGGUCACAGGGACCAGAUGUGUGAAGAGUUUAGUUCCUCCAAAAAAGCCACAUCACAAAAAGUGAUUGCAUGAAAUGCCAACUAACACACCUCCUGGUGGCUGAGACAUUGUUUAACAUAUCUUUGAGACUUUUUAAUCCGUGUUGUACAGUAAAAUAGUUUUACCUUUAUCAGCCUUACAUACAAAACUGAGCACAAAAAGAGAAAAAUAAACCUGGAGAUAAAAUGAUGUGUGCAUUCUCCACAGCAGCGGUCACCUGCCCUGCUCCUGGAGAUCAGCCUUUCUGCAGACUUUGGUGACCAAACCAUGACAAAGCAUUAUGACUCAGAAAACACUCAGUGUGCCUCUGCAUUCUUCUUCUUCUUUAAUUCUCUCUCUGCCAGGAGGCACACAAGGCUUGACCAUCGCUCCUCCACUUGGUUCGGUCUGCAGCUGCGCGACGUGCUGAAUUCCACGUGCUCCAGCCUGCUCGGUUCCUCUCUGCCUCCACCAUUCACCGCCAAGUUGUUUUCGGGCGGCCCCUUUUCCUUCUUCCUUCCGGUGUCCACACGAGGGCAGCAGCACAGUCAUCAUUCCUGUCGCUUCUUAGCACCUGCCCAAUCCAGUUCCAUCUCCUUCUUCUAACCUCCUUGCUGAUCUUCUCUGCUCCUGCCAUCUCUAGCACCUUUCUGUUAC